GACGCCGCGACAGUACCUUGUUACGGCCAUGCUACGGGACAAUGUGCACUUUGUGCUUGAUAACGUGAUUAUGCCAUUUGGCCGACGUAAUACAAGCAUGCAAAGGCCACUUUAAUCGACGACGUCUUGUUUAGCUGCACCGUUGGAUAAUAGGGAAACACAUUUUCCCAUAGACACCACGCCGCCAAUGCUUAUAGGCGUGUCAAGCGAAUCGCCGGCUGAUUCUCUGCGAGCGGCCUUGUCAACGUCGUCUUCUGAGCAAGGCUCGAGUUUAAACAAACUCGGAGCCUGUCCAGGAAGGCUAGGAGGGGUUACGCGAAACGUGUAUAUAGGAGGUUUCGUGCCGUGUUCUGCAAGCAGAUCAUCGGAAACCGGGUGAAGGCGUUUUCGUGAAAAUUCUUGUCCGUCCCAGCUGAGAAAAAUGCAACCACUCUUACCGUUGCAGGUGCUCUGCUUUGCCUGCGUGAUAGCACUCAGCAGUGGUGCCAUCAAAACGUCGGAGCCAAAGCUAAUUACCAAAUUAGCGCCGGUGAACAGUCCGUCGUACGAUGAUUCCACCAAAGAUUUAACAGCAUCCGCGAGUGAUCGAACUUUCUUGGUUCCAGCGUUCCAUAUUAGUAAGGAUUAUGGUCAGCCCGGAUAUGGUGGGAGCGUGCCCUACGGAAGUUACUACGGCUCGAUUUACGGUCCUGGUGCAGGGUACCGCGGCGCAGGAUAUAAUCUAGGACACUUGAAUACAGGGUACAGAGGCUAUCCAGCCUAUAGUCCGAGCGGAAUUGUCGGUAACGGUCACGUUGGGUACGGUUAUUACGGAAAUGCUGGAUACAAUCCCAAUUAUGGUGGUUACGGGUAUGGGAGCGGAUAUGGCGGUUACGGAAGUGGAUUAGGUUAUGGUGGAUACAGUCCAUACAACACCGGAAGUUACGGUUUAGGCUACGAUGACGGAUAUAAUGGAUACGGACGCGGUGGUUAUGGACGCUACGGUGGCUAUGAUGCUUAUGGGUAUGGAUCAGGGUAUGGAGGAUCGAAUUAUGGAUCCGUGUACGGCACGAGGAGUAACUAUGAGCCUUAUACCUAUCACGGGAGCGGUUAUGGAAGUUAUAGCUAUCCUUCAGGAUACAGAGGCUAUUCUUAGUUUACUUUCGAGGUUGAACUUCCAGUAUAGUGCUGUGCAUAAAAAUUGCAACGCCAAAAAUAUCUAUGUCGAAUUCACUUAAUUGAUUAAAUAAAAUAUAUAUCUGUGUUUUCAAUGAAUUCAAUUUAAAUAAAUAUAUUCCUUUGACCAAUAUAUUUAUGUUUGAUGUUGUAUCCUUUAUGCAUAGCAUCAUAUCAAUUUCUAUAAAUGUUUAAACAGGUCCAAACAGGACCAAUUCACUGGUCGCAUAACAAAUAACAAACAGAACAUUGCAGCAGUAUCUGCGGAUACUGAUUAACUGCGUAUGUGGCAUUUAUACGUUUAUUUGUUCCGCUAAUUAAUUUACUUUAAUUUUUAAUACUUAUUAAUUCUUCGUGUAAUGUAUGUACAUAAUAUUAAUAAUAAUAAAUGACAUUCCGAUGACGAAUUACGUUUCUGAUUUAU